GCAUGUGAGUGCUUAUAGAUCAGCAAUGCUCUUCUAUAAAAAGCUGGGUCCCUGAUUGAGAAGCCAAACGCUGUGAAACAUUCCAAGUCUACUUCUGUUGAGGGUGAGCCUCUGUUCAGCACCAUGGAGAGCGACCGUCUACUCGCCGCUAUCUACCUCUCUGUCCUUCUGUCUCUGGCCAGCGGCUCUGACAACUCGGAUUUGGAGACCAGAGCCCUGAGAGACUUCUACCCCAAAGAUCCAUACCCUUCCAGCGAAAAGGAACUGCUCGGAGCACUGCAAGAAGUCUUGGAAAAACUGCAGACGAAACGGCUCCCCGCCUGGGAAAAGAAGUUUGGACAAGUCCCACUGUGCGAUGUUGGGGAACAGUGUGCUGUCAGAAAAGGAGCCAGGAUUGGGAAGCUGUGUGACUGCCCCAGGAGUUCUGGCUGUAACUUCUUCCUGCUUAAAUGCUUGUAGAGAAACCCAAGAUAUCUGGCAAAACCAUUUCUAUUUACAAUAGAUAGAGGCAACAUAUGUCUGGUGGACAUAUUUUACAUACAAAACAUUGUUAACACUCCAUAAUGUAAUAGUACAUAGACCUAUUCCUGUACAAGAGCCUUGUUCUGUCUGUGUUUCACUGCCCUUGGAAAGACUGAAUCUAUUAUUAAAUAUGUUAUUCUUGUUUU